CAGAGACAGAGAGCAAGCUCUUGCGUCUGUCCGUGUCUACUGCUGCUUCACUGAGAACGGCCGUUGGUUUGUUUACUAGUAAAAAUAGAUUGUUUACUGACUUAAAACCUGGAACUAAGCUGGUUCUAUAUGAAUGGUGGUGUUUAGGCAAAAAAGUUAAAUUAGUGGAAACACUGAGCAUCGAUUUAGUGAAGUGAGUGAGUGCAUAAUACUCUUAUACUGUGUUUUUAUUGAAAUAGUUCUUCUGCUGACGUUUUAUGCAAUAGUUAUUUUGUGUUGUGUUCACUGAGGACGACUGAACUGCAAGUUGUGGAUUUGACGUCAACUUGAAGGUGUUGAAGAAGGACCUCGCUAUUAUCGUCACGAACUGGUGACGAUGUCGAGGGCGAUGUAGCAGGGACUAUGGAACCAGAGGGAUGGGCAUGCGGCCACAGCACCAUAAGGCCGUCUGUACACUGACCGUCUCCAGCCUUGUACCUGUACUCCUUGCAGUGUUAAUCCCAGGUGUGGUGGGCGGUUUCCAAGAUGCCGUUCACAUCACAGCUAUCCUGGGCGAGUCAGUCGUGUUUAACUGUCAGGUGGAGUUCCCAGCAGACCACCCUGUGCCAUACGUGCUGCAGUGGGAGAAGAAGGUAGGCGACACGGGCCUGGAGAUUCCCAUCUACAUCUGGUACGACAGCUACCCAACACACUCGGGCGAGGGCUACGAGGGGAGGGUGUCCAGGGUCUCCCCUGACUCACCGUACGGGCUGGCUAGUCUCAACCUGACCAACAUCCGAGAGAGUGACCAGGGCUGGUACGAGUGUAAGGUGGUCUUCCUCAACCGUUCGCCUAACUCGCACAAGAAUGGCACCUGGUUCCACCUCGACGUCCACGCACCACCCCGAUUCAGCGUCACACCAGAAGACAUAAUCUACGUGAACCUGGGGGAUGCUAUCAUCCUUAACUGUCAGGCGGAGGGCACCCCUACUCCUGAGAUUCUGUGGUAUAAGGAUGCCAAUCCGGUAGAGCCCUCUGCAACUAUUGGUAUCUUCAACGAUGGCACAGAGCUCAGGAUCGCCAAUAUCCGCCAUGAAGACAUUGGAGAUUACACUUGUAUUGCACGCAAUGGUGAAGGCCAGAUCAGCCACACUGCACGAGUCAUCAUCGCAGGAGGGGCAGUGAUCAUGGUACCACCCACAAAUCAGACCAAACAAGAGGGCGAGAAGGUGCAGUUCUCGUGCGAGGCCAAGGCACUGCCAGGCAACGUGACUGUGCGCUGGACACGAGACAACACACCUGUCAAGGAGAUAGCGGCUCUCGAGACGAGAGUCACUAUCCGCCGUGACGGGAGCCUAGUCAUCAACCCUGUGAGUGCUGAUGACUCAGGACAAUAUCAGUGUGAGGUGACCAACGGCAUCGGAGAACCCCAGAGUGCCUCAGCCUACCUCAGUGUAGAGUACCCAGCCAAGGUAACAUUCACCCCCACCAUUCAGUACCUGCCUUUCCGCCUGGCGGGGGUGGUCCAGUGUUACAUCAAGUCCAAUCCUCCUCUGCAGUAUGUCACUUGGACCAAGGACAAACGACUGCUUGAGCCCUACCAGACCAAAGACAUCGUCAUUAUGAACAACGGCUCACUGCUUUUCACUAGGGUGAACCAGAAUCACCAGGGGCGCUACACCUGCACACCUUACAAUGCCCACGGAACACAAGGUUCAUCAGGCCACAUGGAGGUGCUGGUGCGCAAACCACCUGUGUUCACAUUGGAGCCUGAGCCCCUCUACCAGCGGAAGGUAGGCGAAACAGUGGAGAUGCAUUGUGACGCCCAGGAGGCUGAAGGCACCCAGAAACCCAAUAUUCAGUGGCAGCGGCGAGAUGGGCAGCCCUUGCAGCGAAAUCGCGUCAGGGUAACGGGUGGCAACAUAACGAUAGAGGGGUUGCGUCGUACUGACUUUGGUUUCUACCAGUGUGUGGUGAGCAAUGAAGUAGCAACCAUAGUGACAGCAACACAGCUCGUGGUGGAGGGAACACAGCCGCACGCUCCGUACAACGUUAGCGGCAAUGCUAGUGAAUUUGCUGUCACUCUGCAGUGGUUGCCAGGCUACAGUGGCGGUCCAGACUACAAGCAGGACUAUACCAUCUGGUACCGAGAGGCUGGAGUGUCAGACUGGUCAACUAUCCCAGUCACACCUUCAGGUAGUACGCAGGUGACCAUCAACCGACUUACUCCCGGCACCACGUACGAGUUUCAGGUCAUCGGCAAGAACGCUCUGGGCGAUGGCAUGCUCAGCAAAGUCAUCACCAUCAGAACUCUGGACGCCAAGACUCCGAUUGACCCCCGACCACAACCCACUGGUGACAAGCCCCCCAGGGUCCCUCCAGACCCUUUUGUACCACCCCCUGACGUGUUAUAUUCUAGUGUUGUCAUAUUCCCCACCGAUUCGACGGGCGCUACGCUCUAUCCCCCUAUCUUUAGGCCUAAAGGUCCACGUCCAGGUCAUCCUCGUAAUCUAACUGUCACGGAGGUCCACAAUGGUUUUAUCAUCACGUGGCAAGCUCCCCAGGACAAAGCCAAUUUAGUGCAGUACUACACCAUCAAGUACCGCACAGAUGGCCCAUGGAAGACGCUCAACAAAGCACAAAUCCGAGCCGAAGAAACAUCUUACCUGGUGAAAAACCUGGUUGGUGGGAGGACUUACUACUUCCGAGUGCUGGCCAACUCGGUGAAGAGUUAUGAAAGCAGCGAGGAGGUCAAGUUCUCUGUGCCGGCCCGAGUAAAGCACAAGGCCAUCACUGCCGGUGUCGUAGGUGGAAUACUGUUCUUCAUUGUCGCCAUCAUACUCUCUGUAUGUGCCGUCAAGAUAUGCAACAAGCGAAAAAGGCGGAAACAGGAAAAAGCAUACAACAUGGUAGCUUGCCGAAUAACAGACGCCCGCAAUGGAGGCCAGCCCCCUGGUGUGAGCCAAGUGCCUUUGAAGAAACUUGGACAAAGCAGAAUACCAAGUUUGAAUGCUCUGCUGCGAGGGGUUGUGAAGCGGGUGACUCGCCCCCCCUCCCCUCACUGGGAGGCGGAGUUCUACCUGGGGGGCACUCGGCGACUGGGACGCAUCUCCCGUGCACCGGACGGGCGCUUCGUGGUGGUCGACUCUGCCGCUAACAGUGUGUCGUCUAGUAGUGAUGACGGUGGCUUCCUAUCUCGCCCGGGCUUCCGCAACCGAGCAUCUUGGCGGCGCCCUCUGGUGGGUUACCCAAGUGAUCUCAGUCUGCGGUCCAGUGCAUCAGGUGAUAGUCUGGCACGCACCCCUCUGGCCAUCGUUCCUACCAUCUACACUCCACGAAUAACUCCGUUCCGAGCCAGCAGUCCGGCGGCAUCGGUCCUGUUCUCUCCUGUGUCCGCAGUCUGGUCACCUACCUACUUCUCCGACCUGAGCUCUGUGCGGCAGCCCAGCUCAGCGGAACGCACACUACGCAGUGUCCAUGAGAUGUACAGCCAGGAGCUGCCCAGCCUGCGGGCUAUCCACGAGGAGAACCAACGCACAUUAGGGCGUGGCCGAGGGGGGAGGGCGAGACUCCCACCUCGUCAUGCCCGGCACGCUCGCUCUGCCCCGGAGCUGGCUGACCUCACACAGGAGACCUCGCCGGAGAGUAGAUCAAGCAGCAGUGGUUUCGGAUCCAAGAACACUUCGCAACGGACUGGAUCCAGUGGUACCGGAGAGUGGCGGCUGCCUCCCUAUCGACCCCCACCACCCCCUCCUGUCAUCGGACAUUGGUUAGAGUAUACUUCGGAAUUUCCCAGUCCCACACAUUCAGAGAUCAGUCACAAACCGUUGAGUGUUGAUGAUCAUUACGAGUUCGAUCCUGUGUACCCCAUUUCUCCCACGCCCACUGAAAUGACUCGGACGUUUAACUCUGCUCACCACAUUCGAACCCCUAAAUAUGAUAACAUCGAAGCGCGUGUACAGGCUAUGAAAGAGGAGUUUCAUGCAUUCAGAGAACGACAAGCACGCAGAAGACAGAGCGAACAUCUUGAAAGUGUAUGCUGAUAUGGUUUAAAUACUUUGUAAGUUUUAUUUUAUUUUACUGUUUCAGUUUUUAAUUUAAUCAUUAUGUCCUAAUUAUAACCAAAUAAAUGAUAAAAUACAAAAAUUAAUUAACUUAAAAGUGUUGUAGAGUAUUAAUGUCCUUGAGACAAACUUUUUUCAUUAAUGAAUGAAAAGUGCAAAUUUCAGUCAAGGACUUAAUUAAGCCACUAUUUUAAAAUCAGUCACAUUUCAUUAAAAGAUAUUUCAAAAAUAUAGUAAUGAACUUCAGCACUUUGAGGAUAAGGCCAUCUCCGAAGUAUAACCCUAACAGGAUUUAUUCUAAAUACUGUGGCUUACUAGACUGCUCAAGAUCUGUAUGUAUAAGUAGCACAAAAUAGAUUAUGCUUCAGUUCGUGUUUGUUACCAAUUUUUGUGUAUGUAUUUCUGUUCAUUGCACUUAAAGUAGAUAGUAGUAAUUAUUUUCUACAGUGACAACGGAACAGUUUACCUUGUACCAAGCUUAAUUUUUGGAUCAAAAUCAGAUGUAGACAAUUGUGCGUCACUUUGGUUUUCAAUAGUUUUGGUGCGUCAAUAAUUUUUAUUUCCAUUAUUUUAGGCGUUAUUUGCAUAAAAAAGUUUUAAGUCGAAAGUAAAAAAUUGUGAAAAGGAAGUAAUAAAAGUUAAAUUACAGUCUUGAAAUUUGAAAAACAAAAUAUUUUAUAGCACUAAUUUUUGUUUUUAAUUAUUAAACUUAAUAUUUUUUUAACUUACUUUUAUUUAUUUAUACUACUCUUAUUUCGGCAUGACAUUUUGUUUUAAAAUUUGUUCUCAACAGUUUUGUUUUCCUGUUAUUGCAUAAUAUUAUUUAAUUAAGGUCAAAAUUAAUUAACAGUUGCUGUAAAACUAAACUUUAUUUCAAACAAAACUCAUUACACUUUGAUACAGUAAUAAAUGAAGUAAACUGGUGCGAGGUAAAAGUGAUAAAAAUUCUGUCCAUAUGUAUGUUUUUUAUUCUAUUUAGUUGUGUACUUUAAUAAUCAAUGAUACAACGAGAUGGACUGAGAACUGAGAUCGUUACGUCAGUGUCAACGUCAACGUCAGCGUCAGCGUAGUGCGAUUGCUAGUGUAGACUGACUUUUGUACAGGACUCCCGUGUCUCGGAGCACUAUAGACUAUUAUACUAUUAUACAUUAUGUAAUAUUAUACAUUAUAAAAUACCUAUAAAGUUAAGUUAAAUGUAAUUUAUAUAAAUAUGCAUCUACUCCUAACUCACUCUGUUUCUUGUCCUCAGCUGAAUCGGUCCAAUGUUCUGGCGUGUUAACCGGGUCGAUUGUAAAUUUGUCACAGACUUGGUUCAAUUUUAAUCGUUUUGUAAAUAUUUUUAAUGUAGAAUAUAAGUACGGUAAUAUUUUGAGCAGGACCGAUAAAUCAAAAAUGAAUACCAUCGCAUAAAUAAAUAUACAGAACUAUUUUCCAUUUUGCAAAACUAGGCCUAAUAAGUAUUGUAAAUAAAUUAGUUUAAACUAGCUCUAUGAUAGUUUUCUCUCUCUCUCAACUCUUUUUUUAUCUAAUGUUCGGCUAAAUUGAGUAUCCUCGGGCUCUUAUGAUGUUGAGAUACUGUAUAAGGUUUCCAUGUUCCUCGAACAAGUGAAUCACAAAGGCAAACAUAUUUGAGAAACACAAGCAAUAUGGGUUUUGUGUCUAGAAUUGUGAUAUUAAAAUUUAAUAUUUUUCUUUAUAUACUGUACACUUUUAGGAUCUAAGCAAAAUGUAAACUGGUUAUUAUCUAGAAAAAAUAUAUAUAUAAUUGUUGAGUUGUUGAAAUGCUGUCAAAUUAUAUAUAUUGAUCGGACCCCAUCAAAUUUAUUUUUCUUUUCUAAUUUGGAUCAAAAUAAGUAAAAAUAUAUAAAUAUUACCAGUAAAAGAUUGAAGUUAGUGUAUGUAGUGGAAGUGAGCGACCGCUUCAGUUGGGCACAACGUAACCACAGACUCGCGCCACGCCACGCGACCGGACUCCGCUCAAGUGUGCGCGUUCAAACUGCACAAGUCAACAUUUUUUAUUAUUAAAAAAACUAAAAACAUUGUUUUUCAUAAGAGUAACUGAGGACCUAUGUUCAAUAAUAGGUAAGGAAAAUGAAUUCUAACGCUUUCGACAACUGUGCAUCUUGUAUUGUUUAUUUUUCCUAAGAAGUUACAUUGUGAUUAAGGUUUUAAUUUUUAUUUAUUGAAGCAUUGUAAUUAUUGCAUUAUUAGAUAAUAAUUGUAUUUAUUUUUGUGGUGAGUAGUUAAAGUCCUCGUUUAUUAAGUGAUCAGGAAACCUACUGAAAAUUGUGUUGUAAAAUUUCAAAUAAUAAUAAUAAAUAGCAAGUGCAUAUGAAAAAGAACUAUUUUUAGUGAACAUUAAUAUUUUUGUUAUACUGUCACAUAUUUUUGAAACACUUUCUGUAACAUGCUCAUAAUUAUUCAAUCUGUUCAGAUUGGCAUUAGUAUUAUGGGAUAUUUUUUUGUAUAAAAGAGUAAAAUAUUUAUGGGUCAUGAAUUAUAUGCUUAUUUAUAACUAUUACAAAGUACCAACUACUAUCCAAACAACAUAUUUGUGUUCCAAUAAAUUUUCCGUCAUUGCAGAAACUGGCUGAGGACCAAAAUAUACUUCAUUACAUAAACAUAAUUUUUGGAUAGGUUCUAGUUUGUUUUAUAAAAUCAAUUUUCUAUAGCAAAAACGUUUAUUAAUAAUUUAAAAUACUGGUAUACCCACUUAUUUAUAGCAACCAAGGAGAUUAUGUUUCAAGGUUGCCUGGAUACUUUUAAAUGUAUUUAUAUGUUUGUGAUUAAAAUGUAUAUUCAGGUAGAAAAAUGCAAUGAAGAGAAAACUCUGAUCACUUAAAACACAAGGACUACUUGAGUAAACUAGAUGAUUAAGUUAUUAUGGAUGGGUCCACCUCCAAGAUUCUAAACAUACAUGGCAAGUAAAUGAAUAAGUCAAAUAAUGUGCAAUUCAAUGAUAUUGUUUUAUAAGUACAAAAUAUGUUUUAUUAGAAGCUAGAUAUUGUUUUGUGUACAUAUUAAUAUAUUUUGUUUCCUGUUUGUUGUACUUAUUGUAUUUAAGUUUGUAUUUUAUGUUUCUGAUCAUGAGUCAAGAAGUGGACGUUGUUGGUUUAUUUCAGAAGCCUGUUGCUAUGAUUUUCUAUUUAUCUCAAAUCCACACCAACACUUUAUUUCUAUAUUAAUUAGUAGAACAAUAAAAUGUUCUUGUUACAAAAAAUGUUAUCUGUUUUACAAUGGUAAUAGAAUAAAUAUUUGGUACCAAUAGCUAGCUCACUCAUCUUUUAUAAUUUAUUCGACCAUUUUUGUUUGUCUAAAUAAUUAUUACGAAAGAUGUUUUUCUUAAAGGAUUCAAACUUAAGAUUUUUUCAUAUAUUUAUUAAAUUCUAAAAUUCAACUUUAUUUCUAAAUAUUUCAAACAAUUCUUCGUAAAAAAACAGAAAUGUCCAGGAGAAAAUCUUAGCAACAAGGACAUGCCCAGACUGUUAUUGAGUUAAGACUAAUGUUUACAAAUGUUUAUUUUUAAGUAUAAAACAAGAGAUUUUUAUCAUUUUGUUCCAAAUGAUCUCAUUUUAUUUUACAUGACAUGUUUUUAUUGUUGUACAAAACAUUUUAUCGGUUUAAUUAAUUCUUUUGUAAUUAAGAUAAAUGGCCUACAUAAUAAAGUUGGAUUUUGUUUGUAAACGUAAUUAUUUAUUUUCCAAGUUUGAUAAGAGACUUUCAGUGAACAGCAGGAUGUCUAAUAAACGAGAGUCAUGUCAUG